AUGUUUGAAAAAAUUCUUUAAAGAAUUUUAUUCACAUACUUAGGAAAAUUCAUUACAGGGUUUGAUUAAACUAAUUUAUAAUUAGGAAUUUGGAGUGGAAACAUUGUGAUAGAGAAUGUAGCAUUGAAACAAGAAAUAUUUGCAGAUUUAGAAUUACCAUUAGAAUUAAAAUUUAGUUCUAUAGGCAGAUUAAUUUUAAAAAUACCCUGGAAUAAAUUAUCAUCUUCUCCUGUAGAAGUGGUAUUGGAAAAUAUUUUGAUAGUAUUUAAUCCCUUGCCUUAAUAAAGAUGGAAUAAUGAUGAUUCUAUAUAAAUUAAAAGAAAAUUUAGUAAAUUAUUGGACAAGGUUAAAUAGAGCAUCAAUAUUAAAAAGAAGGAACAAAGUGAUAAUACUGGUUAUUUUGAGAAAUUCACUCUAAAAGUGAUUGAUAAUGUUUAGAUAUCAUUAAAAAAUAUUCAUUUUCGUUUUGAAGAUUAACAUUAUUCAUGGGGUAUUAAAAUGGAUUCUUUAACAGCUUUGACAACAAAUGAAUAAUUUAUUGUUGCUUUUGUUGAUAGAAGUAAUAAGGAUACAAGGUUUGUACCUAAAAAUAAAUUAAUAGAGUUAUAGUAACUACAAUUUUAUUGGAAUGCAAAAGAAACAAUUUUUAUAUCAUAAUAUAACACUUAAGAAUAACUUACAGUUUUUGAUUAAGUCAUUUAAAUAAGUGCUUUAUGUAAGUUGAUAAUGAAUAAUAAAAACAUAUUUGAUAAAGCACAUUAUAUUUUAGAUAUGUAAUUGGAAGAGAUUAAUAUCAAUAUAAAACAUUCUCAAUUAAUUUAGAUUAUUUAAUUUUUAGAAUUAAUUUCUAAUUAUAAAAAUAGAGUAUGGUCAUAAAAAUAAGAAUUAAUAUAAUUUGAUGUUAAUAUAUAUUAAUAAAAAUUUUGUGAUUUCUUCUUUUUGUCAUUAAAAAAUGAUUUUAAAGAAAUAGAAUAAUUAAGUGAUUAGGAUCAAAUACUUUAAUUAAAAAAUAUAAUUAGAUUAGUUCCUUUUAAAUAAUUGGAAUCUUGGAGUCAAAUAGCAUAAAAAAAAUAUUUAUUAGAUUUGAAAGUGUAGGAGUAUCAAAGACAGAAAUCAAAGAAAGGUUGGUUUAAUUUUUUAGGUGGAUAGACAUAAGAAGAAAUUUCUGAUACUGAAUUAAAAUAAUUGGAAGAGUUUAUAGAUAAUGAAGAAACAAAUCUAGUUUUUAGACCUUUUGAAUCAUUGAAAUUUAAAUUUAUUUCAAAAUUAUAGAAAGCUCAUAUAUAAUUAGUUAAAGAUAAUAAUACUUUAUAGGAUGAAGGAAUAAUUAAAUAAUUAGAAUUUAUAGAAAUAGAUUGGGAAUAAUUUGAGAACAAAGAUUUUAAAUUUUCUACAAUCAUUUAAAAAGUCAGUUUGUAAUUGAUAAAAAAUAAAUAAAUAGAAGAAAUUUUUUAACCAACUUAGGAAACUAAUAAGUUUUUAGAAUUAUGUUUAACAAAAAAAACUACUAAUAAUAUUUGUAAACUCGAUUUUAGAUUUCUUAUGUAAAGUUUAACAAUAAAUUAUAAUCCUUGUAUAAUUAGAAUUAUUAGGGAAAUUACAGAAGUAAAGAAAGGAGACUAUGUAGAAUAAACAUUAAAAACAGCAACAUGGAAUUAAAUAGAGAAAAUACAAGAUUCAACUGAAUCUUCUUUGUAAAAUAUUUUAUAAUCAAAUAUUCAAUUAAAUAUUGAUGCUAAGAUUUUGGAACCUAUAUUAGAAUUAUCAAUAAAUAGUAAUGAAUUUUGGUUAGUUAAGAUGGAUAGUUUUCAUAUUAGUACAAAACCCUUAAAUCAAUAAGAUUUAUAUGAAAAUUUUGAGAUAUCUAUAAGCAAAUUUAAAUUUUUAUAUUAUCCAUAAAGAUUUGGUAAUCAAACAUUAUAGAUUUUAAAUGAUUACAAUUUAAUAGUGUAAGUUUAAAGAUUAAAGAGUAUACAUAAUGAACUAAUAAAUAAUGAGAAUAAACCAUUAAUAAUAAUAAAAGUAAAAUUAAAUGUAAUAAAUAUCAUGAUAAAUGAAACAGUCUAUAAACAUUUAGUUUAUUUACCAGAAACAAUUUAUCCUACAUUAUCACAGGAUUAGAAAUUAUAAUAGUUAUAAUUAGAGAAAUAAUUGAUAUUAAAAUACAAAGUUAAAGAUGGGUAUUUGAAAAGACAAGGAUAAUUAAUAAAGACAUGGAAUUCUUAAUAUGUAGUAUUAAGUAACUUUGAUUUAUAUUUUUAUGAUUAGGACAAAAUAUUAAUGGCAAACUCAUAAUUAAGUUUAUUUAAUUCUACAUUAGAAUAAUUAAAGGUUGAUGAUUAGUUAUAUUCUUUUAAAAUAAUAAAUAAAUAAGGAGAAUAUAUAUUUGCUUGUGAGAAUCAAGUAGAAUUAAGAGAUUGGAUUAAAAAGAUAAAAUAAUAAAUAGAUUAAUAUUAAUCUUAUGAAGAAAUUAAAUAGAAAUAAGAUGAAUAAAUAAAAUUUAAAUAGAAUGAUAAGAUUUAAAUUGAUAUAUUGAUUGAAAAAUUACAAGUAAAAUUAUAUAAAGAUAAAAAUUAUCCAAGUGAUAAUUAAGAACAUCUUUUAUUUUUGUUUAAAUUAAAUAAUUUAAAAUUUUAAACAAUUAAAUUAUAGCAAAUUUAACAAAUAAUCUAAAUUGAUAAUUUAUCAAUUUAAGAUUGGAUAUUUGAUUAUAAAAAUCCUUAAUUCUAGGAUUUAGUUAUUUUAAGUAAUAAGGUGGAUAGCCAACCUUCUUUAAAAAUAGAUAUUACUUAAAAGAAAUAAAAAAUAAAUGUAGAUUAGUUAUAAAUAAAUUGGAAACCAGAUACAUUUUUAAAAAUUAGAUAAUUAUUAGAAAUAAUAUCAGAUAGGAAAUCAAGAAAAUGGUAUUUUGCAGGAAUUCGAGAUUUCGAAGCAGAACAAAUGAAAAAAGGAAAGAAUUGUGAUGAUGAAGAAAUUAAAAGAAAUAUAUUAAUUGAUGGAUUAAAAACAGUAUUUAAUAAAUGUCAAAGAUAUGGUUAAUCAAAAUUAAAAGUGAAGCAUAAAUUUGAUACAUUAAUUGAUCAUUAGAAUUUCUUGAAUGAUUAUCAAUGGAUUGAAGAUGAGAUUUUAUCAUUAUAUCAAAUAAAGAGCAGUAAAGAUACAAUUAUGGAAUUAGAAACUUCUAUAAAUUUUAUUUCAAUUAAUUUCUUUCAUAGAACAAGUCAUUGUUUACUCUUUAAAUGUGAUUUAUAUGAAGUAAAAUUUAAUUUUAAAUAACUAUAAUUUAGUUAUUACUUGGAUACUCAAUUAAAAGAUAUAAGUCUAUAUGAUAUGACUAAUUAUCCUUUUACAAUAAAUAGUAAUUUAGAAUAUCAUUUGAUAUAACCAUAGAAAUUAAUAGGGAAGAGAGAUGUUUAUGAUGAAUGGGUAAUCAGAUUUAGAUUUAGUGGAUAUGAUGAAAUCAUUAUAGCCAAUUAAGAAAGAGUUAAUACAUUCUUAUUGAUUGAAAUUAAUCCAAUUUUUGCUAUCUAUCAACAUUAACCUUUAAUGAGAUAGAUUGAUUAUAUUAUAAAUUAAAUAGUUACUUUAAUAAGAGAACCUGAGGCAUUGACUAUGAAUACAGAGUAUAUUGAAUAAAAAAGAAAGAAGAAUACAAAUUUAAAAGUCAAAAGAGUUUGGGGAGACAUAGAUUUAAUUUAAUCAAAAUUUAUUUGUCCAACUUUUAUUGAUUUAAGAAUUGUACUUAAUAAACCAUUAAUAAUUAUAAAAGGAUGGCCUCAUUUUUCAGAAUAUUUUUAAUUGGAUUGUGAUGUUUUGGAUAUCUAUAAUAAAUAAUAUAUAGAUAUGAGUAGAUUAUUAUAAAAAGGAGGUAUUUCAUUAAUAGAAUCAAAGGAAUAAUGGAUGCCUGAUGGUAGAAUAACUGAAUCCUGGAGUGAAGCUUAUUGUAUAGAAGGACAUAAUAUGUAAAUUUAAUAUUAUGAAAAUGGGAUCAAUUAAAUCAGUUCUUUAUUUGAAUACAAUUUAUCCUUUGAAAGAGUUUUAUAUUAUUAUGAAAUAAAUGAAUUAUAUAAUAAUGUAUAAAUGGAUAGAAGUAUUAAAAUUAGAUCCUGUAUGUCAUCAUUAAUAUUAAAAUUAUAUAGAAAAGAAUAUUUAGAAAUAUGUAAAAUGAUAUUUCAUAAUUUUACAAAUGAUGAUUUCAAAGAUAAAUUAUAUAUUCAUGAUUUUGAAGUUGUUCGUUAAUUUGAACCAGCUCCAAUAUUAUUUUGGUUAGAUUUUGAAGAUAUCUCAAUAUUUGCAUUGAGUAAGAAAUCUGAAUAACCAUUGAUAUAAGUAAAUAUGAAACAAAUGAGAUUAGAAUGGUUAAAAGAUACUAAUAUUGAUUUAAAUUUAUUUAGUAAAUUAAUCAAUAUGUAUAAUUAUGAUGAAUUCAAUAAUGAAUUUGAAUUUUUAGGAGAAUUGAAUUUAAAUCCAGAUUAAUAAAAGUUAUUUUAAGUUAAUCAAUUAAUUAAAGGAUAUAAAUCCACAAAAUAAAAAGAGGAAUUUAAAAAGUAUAAUUUUGAUUAAGAAUUUAAUAAAGAUUAAUCCUAAUUUUAAAUGUUAUUUCAUAUUUAAAAACCUAGUUCUGAUAAGGAAUGUCAUAUAGUUUUAAGAAAUAUCAGAAUGAUAGUAGAACCUACAGUUUUUAUUAAUGUAGGUUUAUGGAGUAGAUUAGAAUAAUAGUGUUGGCCUUUUUAAACAGAAUUUGGAGAAAUGCCAAGUAUUGCAAUAAUUGUUGAAAUCUUAAAUUCUAGUUUAUGUUUAUAAGGAUUGGAUAAAACUUAUAUACUUGGAACAAAGGGAGAUAUUUCAUAUGUUUGGAAUAGGAGUAGAUUUUUACAUCCAGAAGAUAUCAUUAUGAAUUUGAAAAAGAAUUAAUUAGAUAAAAAUUUAGUGGAUGUUAUUGGAGAUGCUUUUGAACAUAAAGUAAAUCUGAAAAAUCUGGAAUUAUUUAAAUGUAAAUUUGUAGAUUAUAUAAAUAAUGAUCUCAAAUAAAUUAGAAAAAGACAUAUCAUAUUGCCAUUUUCAUUAUUUUUAAGUCUAAAAAAUGAAUUAUAAGUUGAAUAUAAUAAAUAGUUCAUCUAUUACAAUAAUAAGUUUUCAUUUUAUAUUGAUAAAACUAUAUGUAAAUUUUCAUAUUAAGAUUUACUAUUAAUAAUGAGUAUUUCAGAUAAAUUGAAAUCCAGCAAAUAAGUAGUUAUUCGUGAACCUAUAUAUUAAUAAGAAGAGAUUAUCAAUUAAGAAUAACCUAUCAAUAAUUUAUAUGAUGUAAUAAUUUAUGGAUUAUAAAUUGUUGUAAUAAAUGAUGCAGGUGAAGCAUAUGUUCCAGUUUUUGAUUUGACAUUAUCAGAGACUCAAUUAUAAUGUUAAAAAAUUAAUUCAAAAUCAAUAAUUUCUACUAUUAUUAAAUUAAGUAGUUCAUUCUACAAUCCAAAAAUUGCUAUUUGGGAACCUAUUUUGGAAAGUUGUAAUUUUUCAAUUGAUGUUUCUUUAAAUCCUAAAGGAGAACCUUAAUGUAUAAUUUUUUUAGAAAUGAUUUAAGAAUAAGAAACUUUAAAUAUCAACUUAUCUGCUUAGAUGAUUAGUGUAUUUCAUAAGACAUUUAUAUCUUGGAAAUAGGAAAUGUAAGAAAAUAAAAAGGAGAAAUAAGUUUCUUUGGAAUAAUCUGAAAAAUAAAUGGAGAAAUCCAUAAGUAUUUAAUUAAAUAAAUAAAGUAUGUAAGAAGAAAAAUCAAAGAUAAAUGAAUAAAUAAUUUAAAAUAAUAGAGAUGAUAAUAUUGUUUAUGUUUCUCCUUACACCAUUAGAAAUGAAACUGGAUUUGUACUUGAAGUCAGUGAUUCUACAAAUAUAAAUAGGAUGUAUAGAUUAUAAUCUAAUUAAUCUAUUAAUUAUGAGAUUGAUGCUGAUUUUGAUUAAAUUUUUGGAAGAGAAAGAGAAGAUUUGCAAUAAUAAUAACAAAGAUUAGUAAACAUUAAUGUUAUUCAUAAUCAAUAUGAGUUUGAACCAAUAAAAUCUAUAGAUCUAGAUUGUAUUAAGGUAACCAGAUGUCCAAUUAGACCAUUAAAUAAAUAUACUGAUAAAACUUUUAUGUUAUUCAUAGAAGUAGUUCCAAAAGAUACUAGAAAAUUACUAUUAAUUUCUUCUGAAACAAUAAUUUUUAAUCAAACAGAUAUGAUUAUUGAUUUAUAAUUAUUUGAUAUGCCAGGUAUCCAAGAAUAAAAUAUUUACUAAAUUUAAAUUGAUCCUUAUAGAGCAUUUAGUUUACCUAUUGAUAGAACUAGAUAAUAUUUCAAUUUUAAAUUUAAAGAUCAUAUUCAAUAUUGCAAUUAUAUUAAUUUAAGAUACUUAUAAGAUAAUUUUGAUAAAAAAUAUGAAUAAUAACAUAAUGAUUAUUAUACAAUUAUUAGAUCUUCUAAAAGAAAUGUAAAUUAAACUAUAAUUUAUUUGGAAUCUCCAUUUUAAAUUAAAAAUUGUUUGCCAAUGCCCAUUUCAUAUGAAUUGUAUGGUGAUUCUGAGCAAGAUUUAUCAAAUGAUGCUAUCAUAAUAUACUAACAAUAAAUUGACUAUGAAUAAUCAAAUCUAACUAAUGUUACACUUAAACAUCUAGAUAAAUAUUAAUAUGAACAUCUAUAAUAGAAAGAGAAGGGACAAAUGAUUAAAUAGGAAUAAAAGUUAAUACAUACUAUUUCAACUAAAGGUAGACUGGCAAUUACAGUCAAAUUACCAUUUUUUUAGAACUCAGGAAUACAUAUGUUAUAUCAUGCUAAAUUUGGUCCAUUUCAAGUUGAUAAUAUUCAAUUAUGUGACUAUUUUGGAAAUACAAAUGGAUAUGUAUUAAUAGAUUAAAUCAAAAAUGUAUUUUAUAUUUACUGUCAAUAAAUGAUUGUAAAUGAAUUACCCUUUAAAAUUUAUUGUUAUGGAAUGACAGAUAUAAAGAAAGGUAACCCAAAUCUUAUUGCUGGUUAACCUAUAAAAGAUUUGGAAUAAAAUGAUAUAACCGAUAUUCAUAAUAUUACUCUAUUUAAUGAUUAAUAAUACUUAUCGUUUUCCAUAAGUGAAAACUCUGCUUAGCUUUCGGAAACUUUAAAUUUGAAUUAUACAGGAAAUCAAACAGUUCGUAUUUAAAAUGACUAAAAUUAAAUUGUAGAAGUAGGCUAUAAUAUUUCUUUAAUGUGUGUGGAUAAAUAAAAACCUUUAGUUACUAAGGUAUUAACUAUUUCUCCAAGGUUUGUAAUAGUUAAUCAAACUCAAAAGACUAUUCAUGUAUUGCAAGAAUCAAGUCAUUAAUAUUUGGAAAUAUAGUCGAUGGAUAGAAAACCAUUAAUAUGGUAUUCUGUGAGAUAUUAAUACAUUUCAAUUCAUUAUUAAGAUGAAAAUAUUGAAUGGCAACCUACUAAUCCAAUAGAUCCAAAUGGUAAUGGAUUUUAAUGUUUUACUAUUAGAGCUGUAAGGAAUUAAUAAAUUAUCAAACAUUUUAAUUGUGUAACAAAAAGAGACAAUUAAAUAAUAUAUUUAAUUAUUUUAGAAUGUAAAUCAAUUGUUACAUAAAAUACAAUAUAUGAUUAAUCAUAAAGAAAUUCUAUUAUUUAAUAAUAAUAAUCAUAAAUAUUCAAUAUCAAUUAAGUAGAUCCUCCUUAUGUUAUAGUUAAUAAUUUGCAAUUAGUAACAUUGAUUUGUUAUUAAUAUUGUUGUUCAGAUGAAAAGUAUAGUCAUCGUUAUUAAUUCAAUGAAUACAAGUUGUAUAUAAAUAAUAACUAAUAAUGUGCAUUUUCUUGGGAAUACCCUUGUGAAAGAAGAGAUUUAGUGAUACAACUCUAAUUUGAAGGUGAAUUACAAACACAUUAUAGAGUAAAUCCAAUAUUUAUUAAUCUUGAAGAAGCAGAGGCAGUUCAAGAGUAUGUCAUUUAAAGUUUAUUAAGUGAAUCAAAACAAUAUAAAUUUUAUAUUAUUUCACUUUGGGAAGGUGCUAGUAGAAAAUUAAAGUUUUAAUAAGAAAUGUAGAAUUAAUAGAAUUAACAUGACACAAAUAUUCUAAAAUUAGAUAUCAAUUUAAAUUAAGUAGGUAUAUCUUUAAUAGAUUAAUGUUAUUCAAAAAGAGUAGAGUUAAUUUAUAUAUAUUUUUAAGGACUUGAAUUUAAUUUAUUAUAAACAACAUAAAGUAAGAGAUCUGAAUUUAAAGUGAAAUAUAUCAAUAUUGAUAAUAAUACAUCUAGUAAGACUAUGUUCCCUGUUAUUUUUACUCCUACUAAAUAAAAGGAAAUUUUUGAAUUUAAUAAAUCUCAUUUGUCUCUUAUACUUGAACAAUCUACUUAAGUUAAGUCUAUUUCAUUAAUUAAAAACAUUACUGCCUGUUUAUAACCUACAACUAUAAGAUUGACAUCUGAAAUGCUAGAAAUACUUUAUUCUGUUUAUAAAUCGAUUGCAUUAUCUUUCAUAUCUAAUAUGAAAGCUGAAGAUUAAUUGAGAUAGUUUGACUUUGAAUAUGCAAUUAGUUAAGAAGAAUAGUAGAUAAUGUUAUAAACAAAUAAUUUAACAUUAUCUAAUAAGGUUUAAAAUAAAUAUGGAGUUGGAUCUAAUGAAGUAUAAAACAAGAUAGAAUGGUUGGAGUUAAAGAUUGAGUUGAAUGAUUAAUAAGCAACAUAUAUUAACAAGAUUGAGAUUUGUCCUUUAAACUUUAAUUUGACUUUUUAUAGCAGUGCAAAGUCAAAUUUGUAAUAUAAUAUGUUGAUGUAGAUACUAAAAACUAUUGGUAUAGUUAUAGGGAAUAUAGAUGAAGCUCCAUUAAUAUUAGCUGGUAUUAUUUUAGAGAAUUCAUUUGAUACAUCUAAUGCCAUUAUUACAAAGGUAACUACUCAUUAUAAAGACAUGCUUGUUAAUCUCAUUUUUAAAUUGAUUGGUUCUAUAGAAAUAUUUGGUAAUCCAGUUGGAUUAGUUAAACAUUUAGCAAAAGGAAUUUAUGAUCUAUUUGACAAACCAAUUGAAGCAUUUAUUAAAGGACCAAUAGAAGGUGGUAUAGGUAUAGUUAAAGGAGCAGGAAGUUUAGUAUAGAACACAGUAAGUGGAGUAUCUAAUUCAACAAGUAAGAUUGCUGGAAGUAUAAGUGGUGGUUUGGCAUAUAUAAGUUUAGAUAAACAAUAUAAAAAGUAGAGAGAAUAAUUGAGAGUUGUUAAACCUAAUUAAAUAAUAUCUGGAAUUUAUUUAGGAGGAAGAUUGUUAUAUGUAUCACUAAACAGAGCUGUUGUUGGAGUAUUUGAUUUACCUGUUAAAUAAGCAAAGAGAAAAGGAAUGAAGGGAUUAACUAUUGGAAUUCUUGAAGGUACAGCUGGAUUCUUUAUUAAACCAUUUGCUGGAGCAUUUGAUUUUGUAAGUAAAACAACUGAUGGAUUUAAAGCAACUGCUUAAUAUUGGGAUGAUAAAGCUAAUGAUAAAAGAAUAAGAGAUAUAAGGGUAAUAUAUUAGUAGGAAUAAUUUUAUAAAAAUUAUAAUGCUAAAGAUGCUAAAAUAAUGUAAUUCUUAAUCAAUAUAGAUAAUAAAUUGGAAGAUUAUUAUUAUUAUGAUAGCUUUGAAUAUUAAUGUGGGAAUACAUAAUUAGUUUUUGUUUUGAUGUAUUAAUAAUUCUUUAAUUGUGACAAAAAGAAAAAAUGUUUCAUUUGGUAAAUCGAUCCAAGUAGUGUUAAGGAUAUUUAAAUAAUGAAUGAUGGUGUUUUGUUUUUGUUAAAGGAAUACAAUGAAAAAUAUAAAGUAAUAUAUUGUAAGUUAUUCAAUAGGCUUAACAAGUGCAACUGCAUAUGACAUAGUAAAAGUAGAUGGAAUAAGUGAUAUUAAAAUCUUAAUGGCUCUUGAAUAAUAUUUGA